AUCCAUUGAUUUCGUCUCUUCCUAAAUGAGCAAAGACCAACCUGAUCACUACUCAUUUCCAAGAAAACCCCAAGAAGAUUCGGACCGAAGACUAAAACCCAGUCAUCUUCCGAGGCCCAUAAGAGACGCAGCAACCAUCGGCGGUGAAUAGAUCGCUGACCAACGGCGUUUCUCAGGCCUUUACCCUCACUAUCAACGCGCCAUGGGCCUUAUUCGCACCAUCCGCCGGUACCUGCACCGGAAGCUGAAUUCCCCUCGUGACAAGGAGAAUUGUGACGAUUUCGGCUUCGUUUUCGAAACUUCCGAUCUCUUCCUUGGCCUCCGUACGCUUGAAGUGGCCACCGAUUUCUUCUCCAACUCGAAUAAGCUCGGUCAUGGAGGCUUUGGUCCCGUCUACAAGGGGUUGAUGCCGAAUGGCCAAGAAAUCGCGGUGAAGAAGCUCUCCUUAACUUCAAAACAAGGAGUGAGGUUAUUCACUAAUGAGGUGAAGCUGCUGUUCGAAAUCCGGCACAUGAAUCUAGUUACAUUGUUGGGUUGCUGUGUAGAAGGACCUGAGCAGAUGCUUGUCUACGAGUAUCUUUCCAACAAAAGUCUUGAUUGCUUGCUCUUUGAUGAGAGGAAGUCUACUCCCCUGGAUUGGGCAACAAGAUUCCACAUAGUUACAGGGGUGGCAACUGGACUUCUUUAUCUCCAUGAAGAAGCCCCCAUGAGGAUCCUUCACAGAGAUAUCAAAGCCAGUAAUAUAUUGCUAGAUGAAAAACUGAAUCCAAAGAUGACAGAUUUUGGCCUCGCCCGGCUGUUUCCAGAGGUAUACAAACAACAAGUAAUCGAACGUAUACAUGGUAUUGUUGGUUACAUGGCCCCAGAGUAUGCAAUUCAUGGACAUUUUUCUGCCAAGACCGACGUCUUCAGUUAUGGUAUUCUCCUUCUAGAAAUUAUAAGUGGGAGAAGGAACAACAAUUCUGGAUUCGGUCUGGACCAUGAUACUCUCCUGCAUUCUGCAUGGGAGCUCUACCAAGCAGGAAAGACGUUGGAAUUAGUUGACCCAAGCCUUGGCAAUUCUUACAGCCCCGAUGAAGUAGGAUUGUGCAUUCAGAUAGCGCUUUUGUGCUGUCAAGAAACUGAUACCGAUAGGCCUGACAUGAACUCGAUUCAUGUCAUGCUUUCGAGCGACUUGUUUAGUUUGCCCCCACCUGGUCAACCUGGAUGGCUAUCAAUGGGAUCAUGGUCUGGAGGGGAAACUACUACUGAUGGAGAUCAAUAUUCCCAAAACUCCAUCUCUGUUUCCUCCAUUGAUGAAGGUAGAUAAAGGGAUAUGAUUGUAUUCCUGCAUGUUUUUAUAAAUGUAAGCAUGAAUCAAUUGGGUUUGAUGUGUAUUAAUAUGCUGGCAGGCCUAUUUUCUCCGAUUCAGGGACCCUGAUUUCCAGAUAUUACACUAUGUACUCAUAAUCAGGGCAUCAGUUGAAUUCGUUUC